AUGGCGCGGAGAUUUUCGUGGUGCACGGCGGUGGCAUUGGUGGUGCUGCUUUUCGUCACAACCGAAGGUCUUCGUGAACGUAACGCUCAGGUCGAAGACAGCAAAUCUACGAAUCGUGGUAUUCUGAGGUUCAACGCGAAAUCACCCGAAGAAUCAACCACCACAUCGCUCCCAUCGUUAUCGAGACCAAGAUCAACUCGAGCCAGAACAACUCAAUCCAAGAGAUCUUCAAACUCCGACAGACGUACCGAAGGAACGACCGCAGUGUCUGUGAUUGAUCCAGAAGCAAACUUCGACUCGACGAAAAGUCCGAGCCCCAAAACCAGCCCAACCACCGAGAAAAAUGAGAAUUUCUCCACAACAACGGAAAUCCCGGACGAUCCGAAAAGAAUCUUCUCCGGAAGAAAACUCGAGGGAAGCAACAAACCAGAGGAAACAGCGAACAGAAGAAACGGCAAGAGAUUCCAUCCUGAAGCCAACGAAGGAACGAAAUUAAGAGACAACGAGAAGAAAGUGGUUCGUGAAAAGCCUAAAGAGAAUCCUCGAAGAUCGUUCAACGGAAGAGCCGGCAAUUCUGCUGUCACCGAGAGAUUGGACAACAGAGGACCGUCUGUGUUUCACGCGACCACUGAAUCCUCGCGAUCGAGAACCGGAAGGAAGAUCCAGACGACUUAUUCCAUGAAAGAUCUGAAGACUCAAAUUCCUACCUCGAGAAGAUACGUUAACAAGAACUUGGAGGACGUCGAGACUACCACAGCUUCGCUGAGAAGAGAAGGAAGAGGAGGUAGAUCGACGACAGAGAAGGUGGAAAGAAGCACGAGAUCUGGAAGAUCGAAAUUAAACACCAGAGAGAAUAAUUCUGUCGUUCGAAGAGGUCAAGACACUCUGUUGACAGAGUCUGAGAGUGUCAGAGUGGAUAUUCCUCUGGAAGUAGAUGGAACGGAGAAUCCAGUUUCCGAUUCAACUACGAGCCUCGGUUUAGCUUCUCAGAGAAGAAACGACGUGAAGGAAUCGUCCAGAUCUGGUACGAGAACUGGAUCGAAGAAUCGAGGACGAUCGAACGAUUCUGAAGCUGCCGGCUCGUCCAGAUCGAGCUCUCGAAGAGGAUCUUCCAAGUUCAGCGAUUUCACGACUACGGAAGCUAACGAGCAGAUUGUCAGCUCGAGAAGAAACACGGUUUCUAGAGAUCGUUCGAGGGGUACGGAUGUUAAGAAGAGUUCCGGGAGCGAGUCUAGAUCGAGAUCUAGGGGUAGAAAUUUUGAAAAUAACGCGAAGGUUAGCUCGAGCGGUGGUUUGGAACGAGACGUGAAGAGGAAAUCGGCUGGGGAGAGAGGCAAUUCGGAGAGAAGAUCGAGGAUUCCUGAUGGUGCUGCGAGAGGAAGUGAAAAUCGUGGACAGGAUAAUCUGGAUACGCGCGGAAGAUCGAGGAGUAGAUCGAGAUUGGACGCUGUCCCGCCUUCUGCUAUAGACGUUACCACAACUGUUGCGCCAGAUACAACAGUUUCCAACGAUGUAACGACCACAGAAUCCGAAGUAACGAGCACUACGGUAAGACCAGCUACUCCAGCAUCGACAACCACCAGUCCAAGAACAACGACGAGACCAACCUCAACUUCUACCUCGACGACUGAAUCGUCGGGACGAGGCAGAGGAAGAGGCAGAGGCGGGAAUCAAGGAAGAAAGCAGAAAGAGGACUUCUUCAAUCACGGAUUGGGAUUCAGAGGAAGAAAACUGGUGCCUGAGGCGUCGUCGCCGAACGUCACCGAGCUGAAGAGACCUACUCCGCCGAAGAACGACACUCAGUCGCAGGGAAAUCCAGGCUGGACGCUCAGGAGGCGACCGGCUCAUCUGAAUAACUUCGAAAAUCCUUCAAAGACAAUUGUGCCGACGCCGAGGGAGCAAACGAACGAAGUAAUUCCGUCGAACGAGCAAUCGACCAGCACCGAAGUCGUAACGACCGUGGAAAGUUCCACGUCUAGCACGAGAAGAGGCUUCAAGAAGGUGCAGCCGACGGAGGAGAGCAGCACCGUACCUGGAACAACUACCAAGAGCUACAGAAGGGGUAACAAAACUUUCGAUAAGGGCAGAACAUUCGAAUUUGGCAAGGGAACCGCCGAGCCUGACGAGAACGACAACUAUCCCCCUGAAUUUAAGGCGAGACUGAAUCAGCUGAAGAAUACCAACACGAAAAUACCAGCCCCAAAAGCCACCUCCAGAGCUCCAUUGGAGGAUCAUCAGAAGAGUAUCUUUGGUCGACGCUCGAGGGGCAACUCAAAGGCAUUCGAGCCUGAGGACCUUGAAGCCACAGCUUCAGGGAAUAUUUUGACGGAUGAAAGUUUAGUCGUGAAUCCCUUAACGUUGAUAAAUGGCACAGGAUUGCGACGCGUGAAAAAAUCCACCGCCGCUCUGUUCGCCGAAAGAUCGCGGAUCAAGCUGGAUCUGGCUAGGAGGUUAGUGAAGCCAGAGUUGAACAUCGAGGAGAAUGAUCUCGACGCAACCACGUUGGCGUCCUCUUUCAGCAAACCUAGGCCAACCGGUGUACCGUUCGCGUUAGAGCAAGAGACGAGCAAGUUGGCCAGGUACUCGAAGCCAUCCGCGACGGCGACAGGACGCAGGGCUGUUUCGUCCUUCUUAGAUAGCACGCGCGAACAAGAGAACGCCUCGAAACUUUCUAGUUCGGCGAAAGGUAUCGAGGACUCCUCCAAGGUCAACGGAGGAAGAUCGUCGAAUUCAAAGAAAGGACGAAUCAUCGCGGAACGUAUGGUCACCUCGAUCUCGAUCGAGGAGAAACCUACCACCGAGGAAACUACCAAGUCUUACGUAUUUUCCACGAAUCCACCGGUGAGUACGUCUUCGUCCGCUGAAGAAGGAUCGGCGACGACCAUCGAUUCGACGAGGAUUCGACCGAGCAACGGUCGUCUGGGAAAGAAGUCGAGAGAAGAGGACUGGGUGCCGAGUAAGAACGUGAAAGUUUCUCUUCACUCUAAUCGACGUAUCGAUGAUUACGUUCCCGUUACCACCAUUAAACCGAAGAAAUCUUACGCUUACCAGUUGCGUAACGGUAAGGUGCAAGAGCAGUUUGGGAAGAUCGAGCAGGAUUCCUCGACGAUCACCGCGGUAACGAAGAAAUCUCACGCUUCCACGCAGAGUAACAAGUACAACGCUGUGCAGAGAAAAUCGGUAAAUUCGCAGGAAGAAGGUGUCGGUAAAAAAUCUAAAUUUGGUAACGGUUCUGGUAAACCGACCUUUAGACCACGUUAUAGUAAAGGAAAUAAACUAAAGUCUGCGGAAGAUAGGACUGAGGAUGAUCAAACUACGUUUACUACGAAAUUACCGGUAGCUACUAGUAGAUACUCGAAGAAGAAAUCUGCAGUGAAAUCUGCGAAUGAAAAAUUGCCGACGACCGAUAGAACAGGUACGCAGGUGAAGAAAUUGGAGUUUAGACCUAGGACCGCGACCUAUCGAAGGCAUUCGGAGGUUCCAACUACUUUGGUUCAAACAACUACUAACGGUGCUAGAGUCGCCAUCACGCCAAGAUCGCCGAAAUAUCACGCUACUUUGAAGACUUCGACGCCGACGCCUCGAUCGGUAGCGCAGGAACCGCAAGUAAAUCUGAGGAUCGCGAACGAGUCGACGCAAGAAGCGCCAGGCAUUACCGGCAGUAGUAACGGCGACACCGGUAACUCGAAUAUCUUCAGUCCGACGAGAAGCUCGGUGAUUUUUACCGGGAAUAGCACGCUACUGGAGCAACUGAGAAGCACCGUUGCGCCGCUGUUGAGCUCACUUGGUAACAAGACUCCGGUGUUCUCGGGAUCUUACAGCAAUGUUAACAAUGCGAAUUCACCUCCCAGAGUUACACCUAACGGAUCACCGCCCCGAUUUAGCGCAAGGUACAAAGGAGCGGAAUUGUUUGUCAGAAAGCAAAAUAAUAUUUAUCAACCCACUGUGCCAUCGAUCACUAGUUCGUCCACUACACCAGCUACACCUGUCGAGAACUCCGGUUCGGCGCCGCCGAUCGACGUCUCGAGCCCUGGCGAGCCGAGAUUCUUGACCCUUUACCACGCGCUCGAGUCGGCCAGCAUCAGGAACGAACAGUUACAGGGAAACUCGAGCUCGCAGCAGGCCGGCGUGGUCCCCAAGGUAGACUCUAACGCCGCUGUCGCGAAUGCCACCGGCGAUAAACCUAACAAUGACACCACAAGCCCCUCUGUAGCGAGCAUCGGCCCGCGGACCCCAGACACCACCGCGAACACUACUCAGGACAGCACACUCACCCCGAGAUUAGCCGAGGAAACGGAGAACUCGACCCUAGCCGCGGUAACCGCAGCAGCCCCUGAAACCCCCUCGACCACCGAGCCGGUUCUCACGAGUACAGAAUCGUCCUCUAGUACCGAACAACCUUCCACCAGCACAGAAUCGCCCUCCAGUACCGAGCAACCUUCCACGAGUACAGAAUCGCCCUCCAGUACCGAGCAACCUUCCACGAGUACAGAAUCGCCCUCCAUUACGACCUCCGCCUCGGAACAAACGUCCACCAACGCCGAUUCCACGUCUGUGACGGAACAGACCAGCACAGAGUCGCUUGCGAGAGCUACAGAAGCGACCACGAUCGGUAACUUGGAAGACGUUCGAACUUCUUCACGAAUAGACAACAGUUCUGCGAGUCAGAGAGUAGUAAGUUCUUCGACUGAUGUUCCUACGACUACCAGUUCAACAACUGAAGGUAGCAGCACCGAGAUCGACGAGGCUGCAAGGUCUACGACCAGCAGUGACGACGCGCAAAGUACAGAAGCGGCACAGAGGUUAGAAACGUCUUCGCAGAGCUCCGCAGAGGCGACCACUGCUUCGACAACCAGCGUCAGCGACGCUCCAACUGUCGAUACGUCCGAGAAUCCAGAGAGCAACACUAUACCGUUCUCCGACACGACUGCCAGUCAGACGACCGAAGCUAGCUCGACGAACGUUCCUACGACCGAGGCGAUGUCGAGUAACAUGAUCGACGUGGAAACAACUACAGUGAUUCCUACGUCGACGAUUCGCAAUAGGUUGAUAGACUUCGCGCAAGAUAUACUGUCCCGAUUGCAAGCGUCUCUGCCGACGACCACGGUACCACCCGGUCAAGAUUCCACCACGACGGUGUCCUCCGCGACCGAGAUAUCGAACGUGAUACCGGACUCGAGUAGUAAUAAUAGCUUGGAGGCUUUGUCACAGUUGAGGGAGGGGACGACGACCGAUCGAGGAGAUUCGGGAACUACGACCACUUUGUCGUCCGUCGUUACGGAUCAGUCGAGAACGACUGAAGAUGUGACUACGGAGAGCGCAGUAGGUUUAAUUACUACCGCGUCACCUACUCGAGAAGCCGACACGCAGGACGAUGUAAACGCAUUCACAACCACAACACCAGCAACAGAAACAAGCACACAAGACUCUCAGACAGUAUCGAACACUGAUCAAACGACGACCGUAGACGAUUUUAGCGUAACCACCUCGUCGACAGUUGCCUCUACCAACGAUACCCUGCUGUCAGAGUUAAUGUCCAUUGCCAAGACACUCCUUUCGGAAGAGAUAAACGGCACCGAGCAAAUUGCACCCGGUCGAAAUUCGAACCUCACGUCUAGAUUAGGAAAUUUCACGAAAAACGAUGUGUUGAGCACGACUCAGGCUACCGAGACGUCGUCCGUUAACCCGGGAGUAACCACGGAAAACGUAGAAUCGACAACCGCCUCGGUAGCUACGCCAGAGUUUUCUACCCUCUCGGUUGAUCCUUCGCUGAACGAGGUGGACUCUACCGACCGAACUACCGCUGUAUCUUCGGACAAUUCGACAGAUACGUCAACUGUUGGAAGUAACGUGUCCGAGAACGAGAUACAAAGCGUGGAGGCCACUGAAAGCACGUCGUUAGCUUUAGGAUCCCUCGCUGAUAACGUAGAAUCGACAACUUCCUCGUUUACGACAGAAAUCGGGCCACAGGUCACCCUAUCAGAUAGGACAUCGUUCACUACCGACACUAGCCUCGACACAACGACUCAGUCACAGACAACCAUCGUCACACAAAGCUCGGAAACGACACCAGCCGUGAAUUUCGAGCUAACCACUAACACGUUCGAAUUGUCCCAAUCUAACACGAUCACAACGACAAAGCCUGAUACAGCUUCUGAAUCAACCACAGAAAGUGUCACCGAAUCCGCUGGAACCACUGUGUUAUUAACCAAUCCCACAACUGUAACAGCACAGCUUGUGACCGACACCAGCACUAAUCCAACCACAUCUUCCUCUGUAAAUACAAUCUCCACCACGACAUCGGCAUCCCUCGAAACGAACACCGAACAAAGCACCACGUCGUCACCCGUGAACCUGGUUGACCGAGCGAAUGUUAACGUGGAUACUAACCAAACAACGGAGUCCACGACACAAUUAGCACUCCUGACCACAGAAACCGUUGGUAACGAAAUCCUUCAAGCUACCACAACCGUCACACCGUCAAUUACAACCAUUACGUCGCUGGAUGUCACUGGGUCCACUACUAACCAGUCCCCGCUAACGACGACCACAGAGCCUGUCGUGGAAACCAGUACUAAUCCGCCCAGAGAAACGACAACUCUCCCCCAAACAAGCCCGAACCUCGAGAACGAUACUCCAAUGAUUGCCCGUUUCCAGGAUACGUCAUCGUCAACCGCCCAAGGGACGGCAGGUUCAGGAAACGGCCAAACGACCGAGAUCACUACACCCAUGAUCACAGACACCUCCACGACCAACAACCCGUCAUCGUCCCGACAAUCCUCCACUUCAUCGCCUCCCGACUCUUCCCUCGUCACAACCACUUCAUCUUCGGUCGAGACGACGACAGCAACGACCACGACAACGACUGAGACGACGACGACUGCUAUAGGACGCGUUCCUGACGGAGUUACGUCGACACCACAGACGCCAACACUGUCGGCGAGAUCGGACGUCGUCACUGUUACACCUGUGACGGAAACAACUGUUCCGAUACCUGUCACCAGCGACGAUAUAGCUGAUAAUCUCGUGUCCACCGAGACGACUACGGAGAGCACGAGCACAGUGUCGACGACUACUGGACAGGCUACGAUGAACGACACUACCGAAACUACAACUGUGUCCACGCAAACUACAAGUGGAACAACCGUGCCAACUAGACCGUCUACUAUUCAGACAACUACGACGCCUUACGUAGGUCGUUUCGGUACCAGUAGACUGACACCUGCUCCACGCUUCAGCUUGAGCUCUACCACCAGAGCUCCUCUACGAGACUACCUGGUAUACGGAAUAUAUCCGAACAAAACUAUCGUUCGGAAGCGACCAGAGGACAACCUGAUCGACGCUAGGAACGUGAACAGCCCGUACGUGAUAUUCGGUAUCUUCCCGGAUGGCAGGCUGGUCCGGAAAUUCCCGAAUGGAACGAUUAUACCGGAUCCACCUAGGAACCCGGUCGAGGUUGUGUUCUCACUUAGCACUUCCACUACCACUAACAGGCCACCACCCAGACCGUAUUAUAACCAGGCUAACCAAGGCACUUACAAUCAGUAUCAAGGCCCGGUAUACAGUAAUAAUGGUAGACCCGUCGCUGAACCGAUGAGAAACGUCCAAAGUCCCAGCACCGUUGAUCUUGGCCUUACUGGUAACGCGAUCGUCGGCCCUAAUGGAGGUGGACCCGAUAACACGGGGCCACUUGGUACCCCUGCUAGCGUCCCGAGCACCAACGAAAUGAGCAAUGCCAUGCAGAAUACGCAAAUGGGGACAGCGUCGGUGACGCCGAUAGUAAGUACCGGUCGACCGCCGACCGUUUCGCAGGGCGGUCGUAUCGUCCAAGAUCGAGAGAGGGACGAGGCCACCAGGACGAAAGAGGCCGGAGGUCAACGCAGCUCCGUGUACAUCGGACAGGACAAGUUCGUCAAUUAUUGGACUGAUGGAGCUUCCACCGCUAACCCGCGCGUUCUCAGUGUGAAUAUAAAUUCAGUAGCUAGCGCUGCAAACGAGGGUCUAUCACCGACCGUACCAUCGUUUGAAAAUCUCUUGAACAGUCAGUCAGGAGGUCAAGUCACAGCUCCGCCUGGUUUCCCAUGGAGGGAUCCUUUGGACCAAAUCUUCGGCAUUACUACCUCCUCGCCGGUAAUAACAGCUUCAGUGGCAUCGAACACGCUGGACGAUUCGUCAGGCCCAAUCUUGACACGACCGAUCAACCCGUUCGUCGAAGUUUUCACUCCAUUUUCCAGCGCGAUUGGUGUUCCAAGGGGAAAUGUGGGAACCAUUCCGCCUCGUCCACCAACAACUACAACUGCUGCACCUCCACCAACAACUUCAGCACCCACUACUACAACUACCUCUACGACCACAACAAUGGCACCAACUACAACCACAACAAUAGCACCAAGAACAACAACCACAACUACAAUGGCCCCAACAACCACAACAACAGCGCCCACCACAGUUCCACAACCUACAACAACUGGACAAAGAGCAAAUCUUGUACAACAAACAACAACCACUCCGCAACCAACACUAGCUCCAGAAACCACUUCGUUCAACGCGCAACAGAAUUUGUUGAACGUACAACAAAAUGCUUUCGGUACUACGUUCGACGAUUUGGCCUUUCUGAAUUCAUUGUUGCAGAGUAAUUCACGAGAUACUACGCAAAAGUCGCUUACGCAAGUCGAGCAGCUCCUAGCGAAUAAGAUCUUGUCAUUAGCACUGAGCAAUCCGGGACCAACUCGAUCGCCAAAAGCCAUCAAUGUCCAGAACGAAUCUCCGAAUUCGAUCUUCGAACCCUCGACGAGAUCUCCUUCGGAGCCUAUAGUGAUCGAUUUAUCUCCAUCGUCGACCGCGUCUGUGCCCACGUGGAAGUCAGGAGAGCAGCCGACCACCAGUCAAAAAUCAUUAAUAAGCAGUUCGACACCUGAGCAAGUGACCUGGAAACCAGUUACAACCACCACGACGAAGAGAGACGUGGAAAUAAGCACAGCUUCUGCGUCUACCACGGAGAGAACAACCCUGAUAAGUACUACCAAGGCUCCUGUAACUGUCGCUGCUAGACCAGCUACUACUUCGCGACCUAGAACCACCACUCAAGCACCAUUAGGCUUUGCCGGACUUCUGUGGCAAACUCUGUUCGGACCGUCGACUACUCCGAAGCCUGUCAAAGCUAAAACGGUGAAAACCACGCAGAAAUCUGUCAACAUUACGCCGAAACCAAUUCAAAUUCCGGUGAAAUCAGAGACAACUGUUGGUAGUCCUGGUAGUACGACUGUAAAAUCUGUGGAUAUUUCGAAGAUUCGUGUUAAUACACCUAAAACGAUCGCGAAGAACGAGAAGUCGGCGACUACGCCGAUUUCGACAUCCACGAGUAAAUUGGGGUUGUUGAAUAAUCCGAGCCCGAGGUCGACCAACGUGGCGACGUCGACUUACUCUCCUGAGGAUGAUGCUAAGUUCCUGCUUGAGCUCCUGCGCGCUGUUCAACAAGAUAACAUAGGUGGUGCACCGAAAAAGACGCCUGGUUUAGGUCAGAAUGACGAAUCCUUCUUAAAGGCAAUUUUAAGCGGAAGGGCUCCCACGACGACACCUUCUCCAGCAACGGAAAUCAGUAACGCCGCUGUGUUAGCUGCGCUGCUGAAAGCUCAAGGCAUAGAACCUUCAACGCCGAACAGUAAUAUCAGAGAACAGCUUCAGUUGGCGAGCCUCGGACAGAGCGUUACUUCUGCUCCGUCCGGCGUCCAGUCUACGACAAUUACGACAAGGCCGGCAUCGACUGGAACUCGACCUACGGAUAACACGAAAAAGACGGUGACACCAAGCUCGAGACCAAGGGUACGCACUACAACGUGGUCGCCGAGCUCGACUUAUCCACCUCCCCUCUUCAGCUCGUUCGGGAGCAAUUACGGUACUCCGGCACAGUCAGCCGGUGACGAUAAUUCUGGAAAUGGCGCGUUAUUUGGUGCUACCAGAGCGUUCAGUCAGUUUCUCGGUGCAGCGAUAAGCGGUGCAGCGCAGCAGCUGCAGUCGUUAGUCAGAAAUGGUACUAGGAUCGUGUCCGAAGUGGUGGGGUAG